AGAACAUAAAAAAAUAUUUCCCUUAGGGCAUUCUCUAUUCACCUCAAAGCUUUCUCGUCGGCCACAAUCUUACUCUCCAUUGGGUCCCUUUUACCGUGGUUCCUUAAGCGAAGAUUCUUACUUCGCUGUCCAUAAGCGGAUCUGUGCUUUAUCAGAGAACCAGUCCCGGGCGACGAAGCUAUGAGAAUCUGGCCUUUUCCUAUAGAUCCUCAAAGGCAAGAAAAUCCGCGACAGUGAAAAGUACGAAGGAUGGGUAAUUGACAAUGAGGAGGCUAACCAGCAAUCAAAACAACAUUAUCACCAGCUAUUGUUGAUGGAAAUCUCUUCAAGCGUAAGAAUUUUAAGUUCCACCAAAGGAUUAGGCGGCAGAGAUCAAGACCCUAUCGUUCCUACGAAUUCAGAAGCGCCGGAGAAGAUGAAGCUGAAGCAAUUUGAAGGUGGAAUUGGAGCAAUACCCAACUGGUCUGCGCAUUGCUUCUCGCAUGCUUUUCACUCGAAUUCAUAUGAAGACAUAGCUGAUAAGGCUGUUGUGGAUUUUGGUUGUAAAUGUGGUACUUUAAUUGCUGCUGCUGCUCUUCUAGAUGCACCAUGGAGAUAUCCAUAUUCAGUGUUUUAUAUGUUCUUUGAGCAAUAUCUUGGUUACUUGCAGGGCUUACUGAGACCAACCGACUCCUCAAGACCACUACAUCAUUAUCUACAACAAGUGAAAAGAAGAAUUGUUGCUCAAAAGAUAAGAAACCAUACGACUGAAGCUGAUGGUAGAAAGAAGUGAUUUUAAGCUCUGGAUUGUGUCCUUAGAGAAAUUGCAGUAGUUAUGAUGUCGUUUGAUACCUUGUAUGUUAAAAGAUGAACUGCUUUGUAAAAUUACAGUUAUGUAUCUUUUGAUGAUUUAUGGAA